AUGGAGAAGCUGGGCAUCAAGGAGAAAAAGAAGCUCCUACCCAACCGGACCGUCUUCCAUGGCAUCGUCCAUGGACUUUCCUGCCCCCUAAUCGGCAAGAUCAAGAUUGACGUCCAGUUCGGCGACAAGACCCACUUUCGCUGUGAGCCAAUCUGGUUUGAGAUGAAGAUGUCGGGUCCCAAGGGCAUCAUCACCAUUGCCGGUGACUACCAGAAGUCGCUCACGUGCGCCGCUGCCAGCAGUCGGCUGGUCGAGUCCCUCGUCAUCGCCGAAGAGAAGCACCUCCUUGACCGGGCGGUGGCCAUGGCCAGUGAGCAGCCGACCAUACCAUCCGACCCCAAGGACGCGGAGUAUCAGGGCUCCUUCCAACCAGCCAUGGAAACCAAGAAGAUUGCCUUGGACCCGGCACACCCAGAGUGA